CUGUUGUCUUGUUGACAGCAGUCGGUACUGUCAGGGCUAUUUCCGGAAUCGUGCUUUCUUUCAGUUUUUGGUUGCUGAAGAGAACGCAUCAUUGAAAUCGUUCUCCGGGCGGGUUAACACCGUAAAAUGACCAAGGGUACUUCCAGCUUUGGAAAGCGGCACAACAAGACCCACACGUUGUGCCGCCGUUGUGGUAGAUCAUCUUACCACAUUCAAAAGCAUACUUGCUCGCGAUGCGGCUAUCCGGCAGCGAAGAUCCGUUCCUAUAACUGGUCGGAGAAGGCUAAGCGCAGGAAGACCACUGGCACUGGCCGCAUGCGCUAUCUUAAGGUGGUGCGCCGUCGUUUCCGCAACGGAUUCCGUGAAGGCCAAGUGGCGAAGCCACGCAAGGCUGCCGCAUAAGGAUGAUACGGUAGAUACACCGUCGUGGUGCGCCAUCGGAUCUAAGGACCGAAUCUGUUUGGUACAAUUGUGUGAUGAUGUAUUCCGGCGGUGGUUUCCCGGUGGGGUGGUGGAAGCCCAAAUUUGCUAAUAAAGUGUAAAGUGCGGAUUCAA